AUGGGUUCCGCUGCAUCAAAGCCAGCAAAGUCUGCGGCCGGCGCAGCUGCGCGUCGGCAAUACCCCAAACAGGUACCUGUACCGCCGAGAGCACCACCGGCCGCUCCCAAGGCAUCGCAAGCACCAUCACAUCCUACAUCUGCGCCUGCACCUGCACCUGCGCCGUCAAGGAAUCCAGCUCCAGGCUUCGGAUCACAAGGACCAAAGUACCACUCUGAAGAGCCACCUUCGAGUUACAAGUCAAGUGCUAUUGACCUUGAUGGCCGAGAUCCUGACUUUGCCGCCUCUCUCCGUAGUAUCGGUCCCGUCACACCGUCUCCGACCUUGUCCAAUUCCAGUACUGUCAAUCAUGGCUCGAUGCAGACUAUCUUUCCGUCCGCUUCCAAUCCGGCCCUCCUGGCAUUGACAGCUCGUCAACGGAUUGCAGAAGAGGCGCAAAAGGAGUUCGAGACACUGGCGCAUGGCAGUCAAGCCGGUCGACAAUACUUGGAUGCAUACACGCUCUCGCAAGCGCUGAUGAUGCGCGAUCAGCAGAAAAUGCCUAAGCGGGAUAUUGAAAGGUUACUACGAAUGAAAGAGGGAGUCAUGGACCGACUCGGAAAGGAUGGACUUGUGUCCAGGGUCUCUGUCUGA